AUGGAAACCAUCGAUCUUACUUCCAACUAUAACAACAAUGCAGCCAAAGUAACUCCUCCUCAGCCCAAAGCACCUCCUCCUCCACCACCCGAAGAUCAAACAGGCGGCGUUGGUCAGACCAUUGACACCUUUGCCAGCUACAAUCCCACAGCAUUGCCAAACGAAAUUGUGGAAGCAUUGAAUGCUGCUCACACGAAUACACCGUUUACAUUGCAGAAAACGGCACAUCCUGAAAUUAUUGAACUCUCCGAUGACGACGACGACAGCGACAACGAGGAGAAUGAAAGUAACAAUGACAAUGACCAUAAAACAAAAAAAAACGGCAGCAAAAAUGAUAGCCAACCUCAACGUCUCGAGCUAACCUGUCCUUCCCAUACGUCUUUGGCUUGUGAAUCUGCAUUGCUUUCCAGUGUCCGAGCUCCGCAAGUCCCCCUUGCGACCGCCGAAUGUUUGUUGGAAUUGGCCCAAAAGGGCGCUCUGUCGCCACUCCAGUUGGAAUCCGUCCUGUUGGCCAUUCAACGGCACAAUCGCAAGUUGGACCAAAUGCGAGCCGGUUUUUUCAUUGGGGAUGGCGCCGGAGUGGGCAAGGGCCGACAGAUUGCGGCCAUACUGCGAGACUCCUUUUGCCGCCAGGGGCAUACCCGUCGUCAUGUGUGGUUGUCCGUCUCCCAAGAAUUGGUCCAAGACGCCCGCCGCGAUUUGACGGACAUUGCCUGUUAUGCAGAAGUCCACGAUGGUACCCAAUUUCUCAAUCGCAAACAUGGUCUGGGGAUUUCUGACAAGGGUGUCUUCUUUUGUACUUACCAACUAUUAGUGAGUCAAUCUCGCAUUGAUGAAAUUGUCAAUUGGUGUGCCGGCAUUAGUGCCAUUACCAAAAAAGCAGACCGCCCGCGACUAGAACAGGAAUUCAAUGGUUGCAUUGUGUUUGACGAAGCUCACAAGGCCAAAAACCUAAAUCAAGAUACAAGGACGGCCAAAUUGGUCAUUCGACUCCAACGACGAUUGCCCAAUGCCCGAGUCGUUUAUUGCAGUGCCACGGGGGUGAGCGAUGUUGGUCACAUGGUGUAUGCCGAACGAUUGGGAUUGUGGAAGACCCAUGCCAGUCAAGCCAACUUUUCCCUCUUUGAAUCCUUUUCGAGUUUUCAAAAGACACUGGAACAACGAGGUCUUGGUAGUCUCGAGAUGCUUGCGCUAGAAAUGAAACAAGUUGGCUGCUUCAUGGCCCGAACACUCUCCUGGGAUGGCGCUGAAUUUGAAACCUUUCGAAUAUCCUUGGAUCCCGAACAACAAAGGGUCUAUGAUCUCUGUGUGAAUUGGUGGAUUGAUGUCAAGAGAGAACUCCAAGAAAUUUGCGAUUCGCCCCACAUGCGAGCAAAUCCACCUGGUCGGACCUUGUGGGGGACCUUUUGGUCGGCUCAUCAACGAUUCUUCAAGGAGUUGACCAUUUGCUGCAAGAUUCCACAAUUGGCAAAGGAUGCCAAAAAGAUGGUGGCCCAGGGAAAUUGUGUCAUUUUUGGACUGCAAACCACGGGGGACGCGAGUAUGCAAAACAUUUUGGCAAAUGGGGGCCAUUUGCAAGAGUUUUCCACUCUUAUUUCGAGUGCGCAAAAUAUCAUGAGCAAUUUUUUAAUGUCUCAUUUUCUAGUGGCACCACUGCCCAUAGAAGCUCCAAACUUGCCAGAGGAACCAGGGGUAAAUGCGUCCCAAUACGAUCGGGAACUCUACUUGUUGAUGAAAGCACGAGCAGAUGCCAUUGUCAACAUGCCUUCACCCGCCAUUGUUCCCGAAUUUGUGGCCAAACGGGAUGCAUUGCUAGCCAGAAUUGAUUCGAUUCCACUCCCACCCAAUCCAUUGGAUGACUUGAUUGAUCGACUGGGAGGAGUGGACCAAGUCAGUGAAAUGACGGGACGACCCGGACGCAUUGUGCGCAAAUCCGGCAGCUUUUGCUAUGCCAAGCGAGCUUCCGGUGAUCCCAAUGAUCGCGUCAAUCUAGUCGAGAAACGUGAUUUUAUGGACGGCAAGAAACCUUACGCCAUUAUCAGUGAUGCCGCAAGUACAGGAAUUAGUCUCCACGCGGCUCGGGGUAGCAAGGCGAGUCACAAGAGAAGGAUUCACUAUACCAUUGAACUCCCAUGGUCGGCAGACAAGGCGGUCCAACAACUAGGAAGAAGUCAUCGAAGUGCCCAAGAGAGUGCGCCAAACUACAAAUUGGUAGUGACGGAUUUAGGUGGUGAAAGUCGAUUUGCGGCCGCCGUGUCCAAGCGCAUGGCCAGUUUGGGAGCCUUGACUAAGGGAGAUCGCCGUGCAGCGACUGGAUCAGAUAUGCUGUCGGACUUUGAUUUGGAUAGUCGCUAUGGACAAAAGGCCAUGAAACGAUUCUAUCGGGCAUUGUCCAUAGCCAAAGAGAAUCGAGGUGAGAACAAUCCCGAGACCGCCAUUUAUCCUUCUCGAAGUUCGCAAGAAAUCUUGGACAAGUUUGCGGUCGAUGGAAUCAAAGCCAAGAACACGGUUGCAUUGGGAUUACCAGAAGUUCCCAUCACCAGACGUUUGGCCAUUCUGUCGCUCGUUUGUCAAGACUUGGAAGAUGUCGGUAUUUCCAUGACCAACAAGACUGGCGAUGUCAAGACUUUUUUGAAUAGGAUCUUUGGGUUGCCAGUACUUCGGCAAAACCUAAUAUUCUCCUUGUUCAUGUCGACAUUGGAAGAUGUCAUUGGUGAGGCCAAAUUGACGGGAGAGUUUGAGGGAAGCGCAGAAGAUAUUAAGGCAACCACCAUUGAGAUUGCUGAAGAACGAGUUGUGGCGACUGAUCCAUCUUGUGGUGCCGAGACCAAGCUAAUCACGUUAAUUCUCGAUCGAGGCAUCUCCUUUGCCAUGGUCUGUGAAAUGGCAAAGGAAGAGGCUAUGAAGAUUGAGCAUCCGAUUGAGGCUAUAGAUGAGGAGAAGGCACAAGAAGAUCAUGUGGAUGAAGCGGACGAGGGAAACAGUGAUGAUGACGAUGAUGAAGACGAAUGGUUAUCGACAAGAAUAGAAGAUGACAGAAUAUGCGAAGCUGGAUUCUAUUUUUCAAAGAAGAAGAUUGCCGGAAGGCAUCUUGUGAUGUUUGCUAAACCGAAAUUUCCAACCACAUCCUUCAAAAGUGAAGCCGAAGCCAGGGACACGGAUCCGUUGGGAUUGAUGAUUAUCACAAGGCCCAACACUGGAACCAAUCCAUGUGAAAUGAAGACUCGUGACUUGCGUCAAAAGUAUCACCUCGUAUUGGGUUGCGAAGCACUCCGAAAAGAACUAGACAAGCAAGAUGCUGCAGAACAAGCACAAACUGAGAAUGCACCGAAUUCGCUAACUGAUGUAGUAAAGCAAGCCAAUCGGAAUGUUGGUUUCCAAUGGGAAUUGGCAUUCGAUGAUUCCAAUCAUUUUGAACACAAGAAUGGAUUGGCUCCAAGACGUUCGGAGCUAGGGCUUGUCACUGGUGCCGUGCUGCAUGUGCUCCGCACGCUCGAAAAAGUUGUCAUCUUCAAAGGUAAAAGCGAAAAGACGCUAAAGGUAAUGAGAGCUGAGGUAGAAACAUCUCCAAAGUCUACCCAUCGAUUGGUAGGGGUUUGCUUUCCUCUUGAUGAUGAAUCCAUGAAACGAUUGGAUACCGAGAUGGACGACCUCCGGAAGAAACAUCUUGCGAUAGGCAAGGUUUUUCACGAUGAAGCGAUUGGUAAAGUCUGCCAAAAGAGCAAGGAAUGGGCAACAACCGAGCCAAAGACGAUGAGGAGCUUCUUUCAAGUGGUACCCAAACGUCCCGCUGGCUCCUUAGCGAACGUUCCGAUUAAGCUGCCAGCUCCCAGUGGCAAAGGAAAGCGAUCUCCCGAGCAGAGAUUGAAACCCGUCGUGCCAAAGAAGAAACCCAAGGCUAUCACAGCUUUCUUCUCCAAAAAGUAG